AGAAUGAAUGAGAUUUUUUGAAGAAAGAUAGUUCGGAUGUGGGUAGAGCAACUCGGGCAGUGAACUUGUAAGGAGGCUGUGGUUGUGAACAUUGAAAUGAGAGGACGGCAUUGAACCGUUUCAUUGUGUGCAUCACUGAGUGCGGUAUGGCAGAGAAGUAGAAGUGAGCAUCCCAUGGAUUCUCCCUCUCCCUCGUGGCUUGCGAGUGCAAAGCCCGGGAAGCAAGCUUUUCUGUACAGUAUACUCGCCCUUGCUUGUUGCGGCUGCGCGCUGCUGCUGCUGCCAUUCAGCGGCUUUCAUGGCCGAGGUGAAGUAUCGUUGCAAGGAACAGGCGGUGGGAGAGAGAUGCUGCAUCCCUCCAUCAUCUCCAGGAAAGUAUCUGAGGGGAUAAAGCAGCUGGACAGCCAGGUACACACUCUGGACACUAUCCGCAACAAGAUGUGGGGCUCGCUCCACAAGGCACAGAAGAUGAGCGCGUACAAGGACGUGGACAUAGAUGACGAGGACUUUUCGCAGCUGCACAGGGUUGCUCAAGAAGCGCUCCGACUCCGAGAUGAGCUGCAGAAAGCUGCUGCUUCGGAGAAGAGCAUUCUCGUCAGGAGCGAAGAGAUUCUCGACGGAGGCUGCAAGGAUCAUCACAAGGAGAGCUGCGGGGGAGAGAGCUGCUGCAGUUUCUGGGCAAGGCGAGGUCAAUGCGCCUCGAACAACCAGUGGAUGUCAGUCAUGUGCUCUAGAAGCUGCUCGACUUGCAGCCAGGACAAGGCAGAUGUGAAGAAGGUGGACAUGCUUCUUUCGCACCAGCAUGAGGCUGACGGGAUGAUUUCAGAUGUAAAAGCCUCUGCUGCACCACUAGCUCAUGUGAAGGCCCAGCAGGCAGGAGCGUCUGACAAGCAUGUGGAUGUCUCUCUCUCCCUGGAAGGAGUUGCGAUGAAUGGCAUCACCCGGCAGCAGCUGGACGAGAUCUUGCGGAAGGCAGUGGCGAAGGCCACGAAGAAGCCUGCCGACGCGUUGAGAGUGAAGUUGGAAUCCUUUGACUUUUCUCCUGCUCGUCAUGUUGUGAAGCGCAAAGAACCAAUCAGGAGGGACAGGUCGCGCGAGUUCGUGUACGGGGUCGCUCCAGAGGAACCUCGUCUCGACAGUUUUCUCCGCAAGGAUGGAGGGUUCUCUCCUAGACGGCGCUUGCUAGCAGUAGGGAAGGACAGCAGGAUCGGCACCCUGGACUUGAAGUUUCACCUUCAAUUGCCGUCGGGGGAGGACCAGAACUCCAUCACGCGGGCGAUCAAGUCAGAGCUGCACGACGAGGAGGAGAAACCAAAAGACAUCGCGCACGGAAAGGAGCAGCUGCAGCAGGCUCUCCACCAAGAGACGAGCAUCACUAGCUCUACUGGCACUACAGGUGCUGGCGGGGGAUCUCAUUCCAACUUCGAAGACAUCUUAAGCGGGAAAGCUUCCCACCCGGAGGACAGGAUCAACUCCAUCCCCGUCCACUCGCAAGAUGCCUCAGGACCUGCUGAGGAACGCCAGUGGGUCUCCCCGCUGGUCGGCAAGCCGCGCGCUUACUCGAACGGCUACGGGCUGGGGUUGGGGAUCAACAAGAAGGCAGCGCCAGCCAGAGGCCAGGAAGGAGAAGCUGGGUGGACUUUCUUGGAGCCCUUUGGGGACGAGGAGCCGAAGAUGAUGAAGCGAGGGAGCCGACCAGAAGAUUGCGGGGAAGCUUGCAGCGAAGAAGCUGCGAGCCAGAGCAGAGAGGAUGCGCGUAAGGGGGCUCUCAGAGCUCAAGCGGAGGAUCAAGUGAAGCUGAAGAAGGAGCAAGUGAUUGAGGACUCUCGUACUCUGAAGCAUUUACUCACAGCUAUCGCUGAGGAGUCCCUCCUCUUGAACUUGACACAAGCCAACGCCUCCUCCACCUCCUUGCAAGACUCUUCGUCCGCUUCCCCUUCCCAAGUGAGUAUGCAGGACCAGACCUCCGCUCAGAUCCACAGCCUCAAGCAAAAAGCUUCUGAGUUGGAGGAGGGAGCUCGUCGCAAGCUGGCCGGCUUGAGGGGUCGAGUGCUUUCACAGCGUCAGGAGAACAUGCGAAGGCUUUCGCGCUACUAUGUCAAUCUCGCUCAGCGACUGGCGGCCGAUGGCCAGAACCUCCAGCAGAGACUGCUGGAUGAGAGGCAGACACUCAGUCGUUUCCAACAUGAUGGUUAUGGUCCCAUGUGGAUGGGCAGGAGGCGAGAAGCAGCAGGAUUCAGAAGAGGAGGAGGAACAGGCACUUUCUUUGUGCGGCCGUUGGAACCUUCCUUGAGGUUGUCCCCUGAACGGACAGACGCCGCGACUGAGUCAAACAUCCGCAAGAUCUCUGAAGACCUAAAGGUGCAAACGGCACGAAUGAACCGUGAGAGUGAAGACUUCCGCCAGCUGAUUCGAAGGAUAAGGCGGGAGACAGGGGGGGCUUAACAGCCAGCAGCCGACAAUAAAGGACUGGUUUUGCCUUGC